CUUUUUGAAACGCGUGCAUCGUUCGGCUAAAUCUUCAAUCAUCAUCAUCGCCAUUCCCAGGUACAAAAUGGCUACAGAUUAUGCCCGUGUACCGAUGCAGCCCCGUCGUGGACGUGAGAGAGAGAUGGUGUCGUGCGUGGCCUUGUCGGACGAGACGCCGACGGAACACACCAAGCUGCUGUCAUCGUCGGUUUCGCACUCAACGCAAAGUCGGGCCUUGUUGAUGGCCCAGCUCGGCCAAGUGGUUGGAUGGUACGAGUUACGUCCUCUCCUUGGUCUUGCGCUUCCGCUGGUGUUGAGCUCAACACUCGACCACGUGUCGGCGGUGGUACCUGUCAUGAUGAUGGGCCAUCUCAGCGCCAACACGAGCAAGGAAUACAUCUCUGCGAUCGCCAUGGGCAUGACGUUCCUGCUUCUCACGGCGUGGACCGUCGUGUGGGGCACCGGGUCCGCUAUGGACACGUUGUGCUCGCAGUCAUUUGGAGCCGGGCAGGCCACGGACCUCGGCCUUGUCUUCCAAGCCGGCUGGCUCGCGGGCAACCUGCUCUUGGCUCCCACGAUGGUCCUCGGCAUCUUUUGCAAGGACAUUUUGCUCUUGUUUGGCCAAACCGACGACGUAGCGACGCUGGCGAGUCACCUUGUGUUGAUCAUGCUGCCGAUUCUACCCGUCGCGCUCUUCUACGACCUUUUACGCCGCGUUCUUCAAAGCCAAAACAUCGUUACACCUCUCAUGGGUGUGUCGUGCGUGAGUGUCGUGGCCACCAUCGCCAUCAACUACGUCCUCAUGUUCCACACACCUCUGGGGUAUCUUGGCCGCGCGGUGGCGGUCGUGAUCAUGGCGUUGCUGGCGCCGUUGCUGUUGUGGCCGUACUUGGUGCAGAGCAACGUGUAUCGCCAAGAGUGGAAAGGCUGGGACCUCCACGCAGCGUGGACGUUGGUGCCCGAAGUGCUCCAUCUCGGCAUAUCUGGCGCCGCCAUGCAGGGGUUUGAGCUAUGGGGUAUUUCCAUCGCCUCUAUUGUUGCAGCUUUCGGUCGUGUAGGGAUGCUCCCGAAUGCCGAGGUCGCGAUCAGUGCUGACGUGUGCAUGCAUGGUUUUCGUGGAUUUUUCCAUAUGUUGUACGGGCCAGUAGCAGUCGCCGGGUCUGUUCGAGUCGGAAAUGCUCUCGGAGCAAAUGACCCGCAACGCGCCAGAACGGCCGCGUGGCAGUGCAUUGGCAUGUGUGGAUUGCUGGGAAUGGUCGCCGCCAUUUGCAUGGUGUCCUUUCGGCACUCGUUUCCUUAUGCUUAUACCCCCGAUGACAACAUUGUGACCCUCACCGCACAACUUCUGCUCGUGUGUGCGCCAUUUCAGACCGCCGUCGCCAUAUAUGUGGGUAUCAUGGGUGUGUUUCGGGGCAGUGGGCAGCAAACUCGAGGUGCAAUUGUAAACGGAGUCGCCAACUUAUUGAUUGGCCUGCCGCUGGGACUAAUGCUGGCGAAUAUGGUGGCGGAUGGCAUCGUGGGGUUAUGGCUGGGUAUCUCUGUGGCGUUCUUGAUAUGCGCCGUGUAUGGCAUCGUAUGGCUCAUGCAAGUGGACUGGGAAGGACUAGCGAAUGACGCGCAUGUUCGAACCCAAGACACGCAUCAUGCAGGUCAAGAUGACUCGGUUGUAGCGCUGCCAUAACUAACAACAAAAAGCCAAGUUAUUGCUGAGUUUAUUCUAAGC